AAAUUCUUGACGACGAAAGCGAAACCAAAGACGAGCAAUUACGAUUGUGAAUGGUGAAGAGAUUACACCAAGGAGUAUAUAUAAUACCCUGGAUGCCAACUUGUGUCUCAGUCCUGUCAAAUUGUUCAUUCAUCACUCAACCAUUUUCUGAAUAGAAAUUCACAACGAAGAAUCUAAGAUGGUCCGAGCAGAGAUGAAGCUGCUCGCUUUGAUAAUUGGAUUGACCGCUAGUGGAGUUAAUUGUUCACCAAAAUAUGAUUUAGGAGGAUUUGUUCCAAGCUCUAUGGACUUUUGGGGAGACGGCAAACACCAAGACCAAGUGGCUGUACCUUCGCAGUCCCAGACACGCGCUGAAUCGCGUUCAGAAGGAGGAAAUGUUUCGAGGACCUCUGGAGAUAACAAACUAAUGUCUGAAAGGAGUCAGGAAGCAAGAUUUGGAUUUUCAAACCUCGAAACUUCCGGGGCUGGAACAGGAUAUGGAGUAACUUCGUACGCCCCCACGAGAGUUGAUCUUGGUGGUCUCAUCCUGGGUGCAGUGAUUGGCGUGGGAACAAUCCUCAUCAUCCCGAAACUCCUCUACGUUAUAUCAGGCUCAUACGGAGCAUACGCAAGAAGUGACGAUGUCAGUUUCACCAAUGCAAUGACAAAGUUGGAUGACAUUUUAGCGCGUCAUGGUAUCGAUACAACAUCCUGCAUGCAACGAGCUGUCUGUACAUACGCCCAAAAAGCGGCUGAGACGGUGAGAACAGCAAACGACAUCGAUGAGGACGAUAAAAUUUCCUCCUUUGACCGAAUGAUCGAAACAAUCACGACCAAUCAAGUAUUCCGGACUGCAAUGCGAGGUACUGCGAUCCAGGAGGCUAUAGAAGCAGGUCGAAAGGGUCAGAUGUGCUCGAGGCACUAUCGACAAUGCGGAUUUUCAAUGGAAUCUCUCCUGGGACUGGUCUCGAACAUGUUGUCUGUAAUUUCUACCACCGAUGCGCAUCCGACAGCUCCAGCAGCUCCUCUCUAAUUCUUAAGC